AAGAGACUGCGAAGUACAACUUCACUUUUCAAACGGUCCCUCAACUCUUGAUCCAAAAAUCAUUCAUUCUCAAUUCUCUCUAUCUUUCUUCUUUUCUCGAACCACAAGCAAAGUUUGGUUAUUGGGUAUUCUUGAGGUGAAUUAAUCUAGUUUCCCUGCUGGUGAGAUGAGAAAUGAACACUUACUGAGAUUUAUUUGAUUCUAAGGAUCACAAAGCAGAGAACUUGCUCUAUGAAUAACUGAGGAAAGUUCAGGCCCAUGAUAUUUUGAUAUUUUUCAAUCAUAGGAAGACCAUGGGACGAGCUUCACUCUUAUUUCUGGUUCUUUUGGUUAUUGGCUCGUCCUUUGCAACGUAUAAUGUGGUGAAUAUGAUAAUGCACUACAAUUCUUCACAAGAUUUGGUGAUUGAUUCUAUGGAUGAUGGGUUGUUGUUUGACCCCAUUGUUGAGAUGCCUAAGAAUUUGAAGAAUCGGAAGACAACAAGGGCACCUUUUCAUAUUGCCUUAACGGCAACUGAUGCUUCAUACAGCAAAUGGCAGUGCCGGAUCAUGUAUUACUGGUACAAACAGAAAAAGAAUAUGCCUGGCUCAGAGAUGGGAGGAUUCACUCGAGUUCUACACUCAGGAAAUGCUGACAACUUGAUGGAUGAAAUUCCAACUGUUGUAGUUGAUCCUCUUCCACCAGGUCUGGACCGGGGAUAUAUUGUUUUAAAUAGGCCAUGGGCUUUUGUUCAGUGGUUGCAACAGGCCACUAUAGAGGAGGAAUACAUAUUGAUGGCAGAACCUGAUCACAUUUUCAUAAAUCCUCUGCCUAAUUUGGCUUAUCGAGGACAUCCUGCUGCUUUUCCAUUUUUUUACAUCAGGCCUGAUCAGAAUGAGAAAAUUGUAAGGAAGUAUUAUCCCGAAGAGUUUGGACCGGUCACAAACAUUGACCCAAUUGGCAAUUCUCCUGUAAUUAUUAGUAAGGAUUUGCUUGCAGAGAUUGCUCCAACAUGGAUGAAUGUUUCUUUGAGGAUGAAAGAGGACCCAGAGACUGAUAAAGCUUUUGGAUGGGUGCUAGAAAUGUAUGCCUAUGCUAUAGCUUCCGCCCUUCAUGGUGUGCGGCAUAUUUUGCGUAAAGACUUCAUGCUGCAGCCCCCAUGGGAUCUUGAAACUAAGAACAAGUACAUUCUUCAUUAUACUUAUGGAUGUGACUACAAUCUAAAGGGUGAGUUGACAUAUGGCAAAAUUGGCGAGUGGAGAUUUGACAAAAGGUCAUACUUACAAGGACCUGUACCUAGAAAUCUGCCUUUACCCCCGCCUGGGGUUCCUGAAAGUGUGGUGACUCUGGUGAAGAUGGUGAACGAGGCUACUGCUAACAUUCCCGAUUGGGACUCAUCCUAGUUUGGGUUUGUUCAUCUUGAUCUUUAGAGCAACUUAAUUAAGCUUUAUAGGACACGCUCGCCAAAGAAAAGAAAAAAGAGAAAAAUUUUAUAGGACAUAUUUUUCAUUUGAGUUUAGUCCUAGAAUCACAGAUCAAUG